AUGCUCUCUACGUUACCAGCAGAGCUGCUGCUCUCAAUAGCAAGCUAUCUUGAUAGCCACACGGAUACUCUGCGGCUCGCCUCCUGUUGCCGUGCCUUCUAUCCACUUUUGUUACCCAAAGUCUUUGCAUCGCUCGACCUGAUAGAGCACCGCAAUGGCCACUUGAGUCAUCUGGUGCACACACUCGCAUUCAAGCCGGCAUUAGCGCAAGAAGUGCGCACUUUCCGUGUCUCCCAUGGCUGGCGGCCGACUUCCGGCGUGCGAUAUGAACAGGAGGUUAUCCUGCCAGUUCUGAAAUCAACCCUAGGGCCCGACGACAACCUAUCCACAUGGGACUUGGAACUACAGAGUCGAGGGAAUAAUGACGCAUGGACUGUCCUGCUUCUGGCCCUCUUGCCUAAUCUGGAGGAUCUGGUCCUGCAGGUUCAUGAAUUUUCAAACUACACUCUCGAGUGGAUGGUCAGGAUCGCCGAAAAAGAAAGCUCUGGUUUGUCUAAAUUAAGACACUUCACGGUCGUGUGUUCUGAUGUAGAUGGUGGCCUCAGCUCAUCGCACUUUCUCCCAAUACUUCGACUUCCCUCCUUACGAAGCUUUUGUGGCCAUAUGAUAUGUGAUGGUGGUAGCUCUGAUGAGGAAUAUGCCGAAGAUCAAUCGUUCGAUGCGGCCAGCUACGUGCCUGACAAUGUUCGGUACUCCAAUAUCACUCAUAUCCACCUCAAGUCCAGUUGUUCUCGAAGAGGCUUUGCGAAUUUGAUCGGCGCACCCAAGAGCCUCGAAUCUUUCAUCUUUGAGCAUUCCGAUAACCCGAAUUACGCGGAUGAUGAGGGGAUGUACGCGUCGAGAUACUACCCACCAUUGCAAAGACAUCGGGAGACCUUGCAAACGUUAACACUGACCGACGAGUGCACCAACAAUUAUACCGCUUACCAGAUUCACGACUAUGAUUACGUCGGAUCAUUCGCGGGAUUCAGUGCGCUGAAGGAACUUCGGCUGCAGAUAUCCCAUAUACUAGACUGGGACCGAGGCUGGAGUGACCUAAACGAGACAUCAAGGAAUAGAUUCAGUGAUGUUUUGCCUCUAUCGCUGGAAAGCCUUAUCCUUGAUGGUCUAGAGACAGAGCAUACAACUGAACUAGCUGAGGCGUUUAGGGACCUGCUCUUAGGAGGGAAGUACCGCUGCCCAAACCUGACUUAUUUAGAGGUCAAGGGAAACUGGAUGCAUGUCCAGCAGUCAACUGAGGAGUCUAACGCUAAACCUCGUCCUAUGCCUGCCAUGUUAGAGGAGUUUGCGGACUUCAAGGUGGAACUUGAGUUGUUAUGUUCGGCUGCGGGAGUUGGGUUUCGUCUACGUGAUUUGCAUGUUGAGGAUAUUAUCAAGCGGAAUGGUUUGUAUGGCUUUUGGAGUGAUGCCUUGUGA